CUUUCAACCUCCCAUACAAACACAUUAACAGUGCAACGAUUAUCAUUUCAUUUGGUCUUCCUGGCGGGUACGUUCGCAGCUAAAAUGCCAGUCGAGUAUAACAUUGUCUUUUCUCUUUUCGAACAGGCAGCCUUCGAUGGAAGGGCUUGCGAAUCGAGUGGCCACCAGUCACAUGCUUCAAAGCCAAAACAUUGCUACUUCGGCUCAUUAUGGAGGCAUAUCUCUGCAACAGACACAAGCGGACAAGAUGCCCCCACCAUCUUACGACGAAGCCCAGAUAACUGUUCAAGCGGUCGACUUGCAACAACUUUCAAACAUGGAGGCGGAAAAGCAAGCCAUCUACCGCCAUCCUUUAUUGCCUCUUUUGGCUAAGUUGUUUGAAAAGUGCGAGCAGUCAACUCAAACCUGUGAAUGCACUCCUGCCACGGCAUUUGACAACGAAAUUAAGAAUGGAAUUUUACAGAUGAAUAGGGAAGGAAAGCCUUUCUAUACGGAAGAUCGCGAUCUCGACAACUUGAUGGUAAAAGCUAUUCAAGUACUCAGGAUACACCUUCUAGAGCUGGAAAAAGUGAAUGAACUUUGCAAAGAUUUUUGCCAGAGAUACAUUGCUUGUCUGAAAGGGAAAAUGCAGAGUGAAAAUUUGUUACGCAGCCCUCUUCAGUCUGCAUACUCUCCUGCAGUGAAUGUGUUAAAUGCAAAUGUACAACAACAGGCGACCACUCAAAUCCAAGGACAACCAUCAACAUUUCUCCCACAACAGCAAAUCACUUACUAUGCUGCCCCUGCUGUGGCUCCAUGCACAGUAGCAAAUGCAACUCCUAGUGCAAGCGUCAUUGGUUCUCCAGUUCAACAGCAAGUUGCAACUGUUGCAUAUGUUCCACAAGGAGUGGCACCUAAUCAGCAGAUUGUCAUAGCACAGGUUCCCCAACAGCCCACUGUCCCUUCCACAGUAACAUAUGGUGCAGUGCCAGCAACUGUAACAUAUACCACAGUGCCAGCAAAUGUAACCUACGUCAGCACACCAACUGUUGAGACUGUCACACCACCCAGACUGCAAACACAUUCUUCUGGAGAUGAAUCUCCUACAGAAAUAACGGUUCCCUCCUGUGUUCCUCUUCCUGCCCUGGACUCGCCAACAGAGGUCACUGAUAAAAAGAGAACUAGACGGGGAGUGUUACCCAAGCAGGCAACAAACAUUAUGAAGAGCUGGCUUUUUCAACAUCUGGUGCAUCCAUAUCCAACAGAGGAUGAGAAGAGAGCUAUUGCAGCACAAACAAAUCUAACAAUACUUCAAGUAAACAACUGGUUUAUAAAUGCCAGACGUCGCAUUUUACAACCAAUGUUGGAUGCAAGCAAUCCUGAAGGACCAAAAGCCAAAAAGUCUAAAAUCCAGAGUAGACCUGCUCAGAGAUUUUGGCCUGACACUCUUGUUCCUAGCCAGUUCAACACCAUUCCAAUAGCUCCAGCACCAGUGACUGUUCAAGCAGCCAUGGUACAGGGGGCUGUCCAGCUACAAGCAGUACCCCCUGGUACAACUGUCAGUGUUCCUCCCGGUGUGGCAUUACCAACUGCUAUAACAAUACCUAAUGUUCAAGGUACAACAGUCAUCCCAGGCACUGUCACUUUGCAACAACCUGCAGGGACACCAACCACCAUGGUUGUUGUUACACUACCUCCCUCAGCAAGCCACGUCACCACAGUGUCGGCAUCAGAAAGUUCAUCAGUAGUCACGACACACCCAACAAUGAUCGCACCAACUGUGUCAUCACAAGUGGAAACUGUUUCAGUUAGCAGUUUGUCUCCCAUGUAUUCUAACAUUCAGCAAGGCAGUCCAUCUCUUCAGAAUUCUCCAUUGCCAACCAUGGUUCAAAAUGGUGGGGAAAACAAUCUUGUUAGUUCUCCACACCACAUGCCCGUCAGUUCAAGUGUUAGUAUGGCUGGUGUCCAAGACAGCCUGGUUGGAGUUAAUACCAUUUCACUUGACUCUUCAGCAGUUUCUAGAGGUUUAGUGAACUGAGUUUGUGUAGGUUAAAUGAGUAAUAUCUGUGUGGCUAGUAGUCCCUUAUUCCUAUGUUCUUUCAGGUACUGGUAUCUCAAAUCUACAACCAUCUAAAGAGAAGUAUUAGCCUCAGUUAUUCUUACUUGUGGGAAAUAGAGGUUUAUUUGAAAAUUGUGUAAAUGAUAGCUUCAGUAUUCUUUUUUUUUUCCCUUUGUGCAGUGUUCCAUUUCUGAGCUAAUUUUACCUCAAUUUCAAAACCAGGCUGAAGAUACUCUACCUUUCUAAGGCUUGUGUGUUCAUUCUGUGAAAAUGGCAAAAUGGAUGAAGCUGUUUUUAUGGAUGCUGAAUAUAUAUGUAUUGAGGAUGGCGUUAACUGGUAUCAGUAACAUUGUUUAACUGUUAAUUUUUUAUGUAAACAACAUGUCAAUGUGCAAGUGCAAAUUAUCUUUCUGAUGUUCCCUAUAUCCAGUGAUGUACCCCAAGUUGCAUGGGCUGUCUGAAGUCAUGUUACAUGAUUCUUAUGAUGUUUAAAUUGUUGGAAAAGUGUGUCAAAUGCCAAAACUGCAAGAUCACAGGUAUACGUAAUGGUGUUUUGAAACAAGUGUAUGGAGCUUUUAAUUGGUUUGCAUUGAUUCCAAUACUAGGGGAGAACAUUUUUCAAUCACGUGAUAUUUGAAUAGCAGAGUAAGUAACGGUUUGGUGUUGUCUUUGUGAGUGCUGGAACUUCCUUCAGUAUUGUGGUUGCUGAUUUAAUGAUGCUUUGCUACCUUGUGUUCUGUCUGCACAAAGAAAUAGUGCUCAUUUGGGACUCAAAUGGCAGUAUUGCAGAAUGUAAUAUUCACUUGGACUUGUUUUACAGUAGCUUUGCAUGCAAAUUUCACCUAGAUUCUGAAAGAAAGUGUGAUGGCCUAGAACUUCAUCUCACAGGCCCUGCAAGCUGAUUCUCCCAAAUGGGUACAAUAAAAUUCUCUGAGAGUUGGGUGUUGUUUCCAAGCAAUAUAUUUUAGUUGACAUUUCUUUUUUAUUUCCCCUUACAAGUCUGUUUUAAUAGUGUAAUGAAUUUGCAAGGAGAACCUAGGUAGAGAUUGCUUCUAGAGGAAAAGGGUUCAUUUAUUUUGCUAACGAUCCCCCAAAGGUGCAAAGCUGCAUUAGUUGUUAUAUGUUACUUGUCUAUGUGUGUUCAAGUUUGAAUUUUUUCAAGAUCAUUACUGGUUGUGUUGUUCCAUGUAAACUACAUGGCUGUUCCUCUUGUUAUUAUUGCCUAGCCUAUACAUAUUUCUUUUUAUGAGUCAUUCCAGCUGGUUAUAAGUCUAGCAGGUGUGAUUGAAAUUUGCAAAAAGAUUGCGUUCGACUGAAAACUAUGAUUUUUAACUGUAUAAAUUAAGAGGAGAAUAAGAGAUUUUAUAAAGAAAAUAAUAACUCAAACAAGUAUAAUUUUAUAAUGUAUAUUAUUUUAUGGAGCUGUAUAUUGCUGUUAAAUUAUUAACAAGUGAAUAUUUUAUGACUUGUUGGUCAGAUAUUUGGUUAAAACAUUGAGGUAUAUUUUUAGUUAAGUAAGACAUUCAACCUGUAUUGAAGUAAAAGUCAAAUGACUGUUAGAUGUCAUGGAAUAUUAGUUAUUAAAGUAAUGCUUAUGGAACAUCACAUUUUUCCAUGGUAA